AUGAAGGGGGCUAGUUCUGGGCAUGUCUGUCAAGUGGAAAGAAAGGUAGAGUUCUGUAAACGAUGUGAAUUCUUCGAAUUGCUUCAUCCGGUACUUUGCCUCGAAACUCAAGUGGCCACAAUACCGAGUUCAUCCCCGCUUGCCUGCAGUUUCAACUCUUUCAGUCGGACUCAAACCUCAGACAUGCAAAGACGUCUUCUGCCGCCAUUUAAGAAUUCCUCUUCACCAGCCUCAUCAGCAAAGCCAGAGAAGUCGUCCGACGUCGGUUCUGUGCAGAAUUUGCGACUGGCCAAUUCAGGUCAAAUCGUGUUUGCUUCCGCACGAUUGAACCUAUUUCUGCUCAUGUCAAGAAAGCUUUUCUCAGAUAACCCAACCGGUUUUUCCAAGACGCUAACUUGUGUGUCCGGAGCUGUGGUGAUUUGCGCUUUUUGCUAA